AUGCUGGAGGGGAUGAGUCUUUCUCAGAGUGCGAAUUCGCCGUCAGUGACAAUAGGGGAUUUGCUGCGGUUGAAUGUGCUGCGGCACUUGAUGUCGAAGGCGCUGCAGGGAGACGCGGAAGCAGCAGCAGCAGCACUGCAGCCAGUUUCUGCGCGCCCGGGCGCCAAGGGCCGUCAGCCCACAGAGGCCCUCUUAGUAGAAGAUGGCCACGGCCAGCUCCAGGAGGCCCUUGCUGAAGUUUUGUCUCAGUGCAAUUUCCCCGUCACCGCCUCCCAGGUUAACGAGCUUCUUCUCCGCGCAGGUCCCCAAACACUUCCACUGCCACAACCACCGGCACCGCGCCGCUGGGGGGCCCCGGGGGACCCCCCGUUUGGGUCUUAUGCGGGUAGAUGA